UCCACCUAGCCAUCACCGACCCACGUUUUUCUAGUUUUCUUCCUCCCCAAUACAAAUUACCACCCACCCAAACGGAAUAUUCCAAACUCCGUCACUCCCACGACGCAAACACCCAAACACAACACACAAGCUCUCUCGUCUCGUUGCCUCGCCGUCACGUCACGCCACACUUUAUUUCAUCGCAGAGAGUUACUGUUCCCACACAAAAAAGCAAAGCAUUUCCAAUAUUUUCUUUCCUUCAAUUUUCCUCCCAUUUCAAUUUCCUCUCCAUUCACAUUCCCUCUGAAAUUUUCCACCCAAUUUCUCUCAUCAGAACUCACCAUGAUUCUCUUCAAACUCUUCCUUCUCUUCUCUCUGUUCUCCCUUUCCUUCUCUCUGGACCAUAAUCUCAAUUCCCACCACCGCGUCUUCCCGCGGCCGCUGAUUCUGGAUUACCCGGAGCUCGAGGAGGAGGUGAGGCUGAGGUGCGGCGGCUGGAGGCUGGCGGCGGAGGCGAACAACCUGACGCCGUGGAAGACGGUGCCGGAGGAAUGCGCCGAGCACGUGAAGGAGUACAUGACGGGGAAGGGUUACGUUUACGACCUGGAAAUGGUUUCCAAGGAGGCUGGGGAGUAUGCGAAGAGUGUUGAGCUUGGUGAUGAUGGAAAAGACGCGUGGAUUUUCGACAUUGAUGAGACGCUUCUCUCUAAUCUUCCCUAUUAUGCUGCACAUGGAUACGGGUUGGAGGUUUUUGACCAUGGGAAGUUUGAUGGUUGGGUGGAGAAGGGUGUAGCCCCGGCCAUAGAACCCAGUUUAAAACUCUAUGAAGAUGUUUUGAAUCGGGGGUUCAAGGUUAUUCUAUUGACUGGACGGGCUGAAAGGCACAGGAGUAUUACUGUUGAUAAUUUGAUCAAUGCUGGGAUUCGGGAUUGGCACCAGCUCAUACUGAGAUCCUCAGAUGAUCAUGGGAAACUAGCUGUAAUUUACAAAUCAGAGAAGAGGAGUGAGAUGGAGAAAGAUGGAUACAGGAUCCAUGGAAAUUCUGGAGACCAAUGGAGUGAUUUGUUAGGUUCUUCAGUAUCUGUUCGGUCCUUCAAGCUUCCAAAUCCCAUGUACUACAUUUCUUAGUAAAUAAAUUGUUCAUUUAUUUGCAAAAUUUGCAAAUAAUCGCUGUCUGAUUGUGUAUAGUGGAAGACACUGAUUCAUGAACGGCACAUGCCACUGAGAAGUCCAAUAUAUAAUAUAGUUAUAUACUGACUCAAUAAACUGGUGGAUAAUUUUUUGGGUCAAAAUUAAACUGUUGAAUUGGAUCCACGAUUUGGAUUUGGGAUUUGGCAAGAA